GUUCACAUACGCAAAAUAUUGCUCAUUGAUAACUUCUUCGCUACUCUUUAUAAAUAUUUUUACUUGUUUUAUAAUUUCUGUUAGAUAAUUUGGCAAUUGUUUCAAAAAUGACAUUAGACUACUUCCGAAACUGGCAAUUUCUCGGCAUUAUGCUGAAAGUUAUCACGGAAAUUCGAAUUGUUUUAUUUGAAACUGCGAGGGACAUAUAUUACUGCGAGAAUUUCGAAAGCUUAAUGACCAAACACUUUAGGCGGUGCUCACGUUCUAGAAUUUAUUAUAUAUACGUGAUACUUCAGUAACGCGGUUCAUAACGCGUACGGAAAAAUAUAUUUUUAAUAAAAUUGCGUGUAAAAGUUUUGAUCAGCGAUUCAUAGCAGCAUAAAUCUGUUUACUAUCACUUUCCAGUAAUUCAUACUACAGAAUUUUAAUAAUCUGACAUGGCACAAUAUGAAUUUGCAAGACUAUUGGACAAUCAGCAGAAUGGUAUAGAUAAUGAAAACUUGCAGCAGUAUGUAGAAAUCGGCACAAAUACAUAUAUUGGAACGAAAGACGGAAUGAAGUAUACUCUUGUUCAAACUCCGGAUAACAAACUUAGACUAUGCGAAGUUCCUAACGACUGUGAAUUAAACGAAAUUAUUUCAAAAGAAUCAUGCCUUACACCAGAUGAAAGACGGCACGAGGAUGAUAGCACUAUGACCUUUACAGGAAAAGCUAUAAAAAUAGUUCCUUUGAAAGUGGAACCCAGCCCUUGCAAAGGUCAGGGCGACGAAUCUGGAAAUUCUAUCAUAGUGACUCCAGAUCCAGCUCCUCCUUUUAAAAGCGAAGAUAAUAGCAUUCCGGAGAAAGGACCGGAAGCAAUGGAAGAGAGUCAAAUGCCAGAGAGUCCCCAUUUAACUUACACUACUCUAGUCACGAAGCACGAAAGAGCUGAUACCCCGAUUCCAAUAAAUCAUGCUGUGAAUGGAAAUUCUUUCUUGCAUCAUAUGACUCCCGUUCACCCACCUUUGACAAUAAGACCAGCAAGAUAUGUCAGAGCUCGUUCCAGAAUGCAUUCGAUAACUUCUGCCCCGACUUACCCGGCCUCUCCAAUACCUUAUGUUCCUGUGCCUAGACAAAGGAGACCCAAACAUACCUGGAGCCCAUAUAGU